AUGUCUCGAGAUCCUUAAUUGGAAUUAUUGAACAUAGAACCAACUUUAAGAGAAUUUAUACAAAUGCCAUUGACAAAUAAAUUCUUUUAAUAAAUAGACACAAAUUUUACUGCAGAACCUUGGGAUGUACCUAUAAGUCCUGCAAAAACAAGUUAAUAAAAAAAAAGAAUUAUUACAUUUAAAUAACCAAUAUUACAAUUAUAAGUACGCUAAUCAACUACUGAAACUCCUACUAAUAUUUCAAGACCUAAAAGUUGUCAUCAUAAAAGUACAUUUGUAGAAUAAGGAAUCCCAAAUCCUCAACCAAAUUAUUCUAAAGUCCUUUAAAGAAUCAUCAUUUCAACAUAAAAUAAAUCAUCUCGUAAAAACUCAACAAGUCAAUAUAGAUAGAAAUGUCUGAAGAAUAUUCUAUUUGCUCAGAAAUCAAAUAGUCAAUUGUGCAAUUAUACACAUAUAUCAACUGAUUAUUUUAAUUUCUUAUCUUCAAUCAAUCCAGUUUCUCAAAAAAAUAAAACAACUACAGAACCUUUAUUAAAAAAAUUCAAGCUUAAACUAAAAAAUAUGCUUAAUUGA